GCCAUGGCCCUAAUCUCCACACAAACCCUGACCCUGAAAUCCCCUCCUACCCUUUCUCUUCCUUCUCAUCCAUCUUCCCAAUCUCUCUCACUCUCACCAUCCAGUCCUCACUCUCUCUACGCCCCAAAACCAACAGCUCGGUUUGGCGCUAGACGACUCGUCGUUUCCAGAGCCACCACAUCCUCUGCUUUGGAUUUCAGCCCCAGCAUAGGUGAGGUCCUCGGUGAAGUCGGUAUCUUCACCGCUGCUGGUGAUUCCGUCCUGUUCAACGAUCUAUUGGAUCACAACGAGGGAAUAGUUGUUGUUGCGCUAUUGAGGCACUUUGGAUGCGUUUGCUGUUGGGAACUUGCUUCAGCUCUAAAAGAAGCAAAAGCUAGAUUUGACUCGGCUGGUGUGAAACUAAUUGCGGUCGGUGUUGGUACUCCUGAUAAAGCUCGUAUCCUUGCAGAACGGCUGCCCUUUCCCAUGGAUUCCCUUUAUGCUGAUCCUGAUCGUAAGGCAUAUGAUGUUUUGGGCUUAUAUUUUGGAUUGGGUCGAACAUUCUUCAAUCCAGCUAGUGCAAAGGUGUUCUCAAGAUUUGAGGCGCUGCAGAAAGCUCUAACGAACUAUACGAUUAAAGCCACUCCAGAUGAUAUAAAUAGUGUGUUACAACAGGGAGGGAUGUUUGUCUUCAAAGGGAAGCAGUUAUUGUAUGCUCGGAAAGACGAAGGGACAGGUGAUCAUGCCCCAUUAGAUGAUAUCUUUGAUGUUUGCUGCAAAGUUCCUGUAUCUUGAAACUGUACCAUCUAUAGAUUUUUCAGGGGUUUGAUACUGAAAUUUGACCCAACCUUUCAUUAGUGGUAAGAAAUCCUAUACGUGUAGCUAAUCUUCAAUAUAUAUUUGAAU